AUGGCAAGUAAUGUUGAUGCUAUUACGGAUUUGGUGGAAGGGCUGAGACUCACUGACAAUAUAUAUAAUGACGGCCAUAUCCCUGGUCACUCGAGCUCAACUCCUCAAGGAUCAAUCCAACUGCUCAUCCAAACUGCUAAACUCAUUACCUCACAAGCGAAACAAAUUCAAUCCUUAGCUUCUUCUGCAAUUGAGCUCGAUAGUCUGGACAUCACGGGAACAUACUCCCUUUACAGAUCAGCCAACGAGUUAACAGAAAUCACUCGUAUGCUCAAUGACGCUGCCGAAAGGCUCAAAGAUGCCACGGAACUCUCCAUAAUUUCGCAUCUCAGUUCGCUUAGAGGUCGAGGUGAAGCUCAGCCUCAGAACAUAUUAUCACACUUUGACAAGGAAAUAAGAAGCAUUAUACAAUCUGUUCUUAAAAGUUCCAGCGAUAACCAUUGCAUUUUAUGGAAGAUUGCGGAGGAGUGUUACAAUCAAGCUACUAUCACCUAUGGCAAACUGCAUCCCGAUAACUAUUUCAUUACACGCGGAGAAGCUUCUCUUCAAUGGCCAUAUGAUCCUGAUUAUCAGGCUGAGGAAUAUUAUGAACACGAAGAACUCAUGCAAGCCGACCAAGGUUAUGCCAGGAUGUUCGAAGAAAAAUUCCAGCGCAUGUUAGAGGAGGAGAGACGGAAUAAGCAGAGCUGGGUCGACUUUUGGGUUGCGGUGCUUAAUAAUUGUCCAAACGGACCGACGCUGUUCAACCCACCAGCAAGCUGCAAGAUCAAACCCUUUAACUCCAGGGGUACAGGUAUCCCACAGUACUUAUUCCGGGCAUUUGAUAAGGAGAGCUCAGGAAGAAACGACGAUAAAGUGAUAGCUUCGAUAGCGAGCAGUAUUGAGGCGCUUGGAAACAGCAGAAGUGAUCUUCUAUCUCUUCCAAAGCGCGAAGCAACAGUUAUGCUACACGCGCAUCUAGACAAUGGAUAUUGCGAUGGGUAUUAUUCUGACAAUCUAAUGUCCUGGACAAGCUCUCUUCUAUUCGCAAUUCAAUGCGCAAUCUGGAGACGCCGUAAGUUCGGCUGUUCCUCAUCGGAUAUCAAAAUCUGUGUGGUGAACACUAAGAGAUUUCCGCAAGGGCAAUUUAUGCCGGACAUGUGGCUUCUUCAAGAAUAUCUCGAUACUGCCGUACAAAUGGGUGGAAAGACACAGCAGUUCUUCAAUUUCCGUCUCAAGGAUGAAAGAUACCACAACGGAGAAUACCUUUCCCAAGGCUCGCUGAACCAUACAGGUCGAUCAUGUGUGAUCUCUUUAAAACUUCUGGAAGAGUCCGGGCUCUACAAUCUAUACCCUGAGUUAGGUGAUGUAAAGGGCAUGGAUAGAUGGGCGAAGCGUGUGCUAGAACUGCGUCAGGGCUGGUCUACCGAGCAAGGGAACCCUAAAGAUGGAAACAAAUCCCGCCCAGAAUGGGAUCGUAGACCAGAUGAGGUCCGAAGAUACGAAAGUGUAGCUGAGUCACUAAAAUCACGUAACAGCAGUACUAAUCAUUUGAGCUUCAUCUUGCUACCUACCUAG